AUGGUCAAGCUGUUUUCGAGAAAGAUCGACCAGCUGGUGGAGGGAGCAGGUGUGGGAGGGGGUGCCGACCACGAGGGAGGAGGCGAGAAGACGGGACGCGUCGUGAUUGAGUACAGCGUCGAGGAGGAGGAGGAGAUCGAGGAGGAUACAUCGAGGCAGGCUCAGCACGGGGCGAGCGGCCCGGGCGGCGAUGCGAACCAGGACGAGGACUCGAGCUCGGGAUCGAGCUCCGGCUCGAGCUCGAGCGAUGAGUCGGUCGAGGACGACGGCGAGGGCGCCGGACAUAGAACGGAGCAUACGGGGGAGCACGGAGUGGCACUCGGGGAGCGGGUGGACGAGCGAGUAGAGCUUAUCGAGCAGCAGGCGACAGGGGAAACUAAGGCUGUCGAGGAGCAGGAGGGCGGAGCGGCUGCGCAGGAGGGUGGGGUCGGAGGGCAGCAGCAGGUGGUGGGCGAGGCGGCUGCGCAGGAGGGCGGGGCAGGAGGGCAGCAGCAGGAGGGUGUGGCGGCUGCGCAGGAGGGUGGGGCAGGAGUGCAGCAGCAGGAGUUUAGGGUUGCGGCUGCGCGGGUGGGUGGGUCGGGAGGGCAGGAGCAGGAGGACGGGGAGGCUGCUGAGGAGUAUCGUCGAGGAGAUGAGCGACAUGCCGCCGUAACAAGGAGUCACCGCACGGCCUGUGGCAGCGGACAGGCGGGCCCUUCGACCGGGUGGCCUUCGACGGCAGGCCAAUCGACGGCGAACGUUGCACCCGGAGGCCAGGUCGUCGAGCUAUUGCAGAGGGUCGAGAAGCUCGAGGUGUCGCAGAAGCAGCUCGUCGCCGAUGUAUUUGCGAAACACACUGAGCAAGCCGGAGUAUUCAACAGGCUUGCUGCGGAUUUUCGGACGGCGUGGAAUACGAUUUCGGAGUCGUCGAAGAGCACACUGUCGCAGUGCGCCGAGGCUGUGAAGGGUGUCACGGCGGAGAGGAACCUGGUUGAAGGGGCGCGGGCGAAGAUCGACGAGAUGAGCGGGAAGAUCAUCGAGGGGGUGGCAGCCGCCAUCACAAAAGCGAGCGAGGACGCCGUCGAGAAGCAGCUCAAGCAGGUCGAGGAGCGGCUUGUUGCUGCGGUGCUGAAAGGUUUCGAGAAAGUCAUCAUGGAGGACAUGUUCAGCUCCACCCUCCCAUCCGAGACCAUGAAGGAGCUGAAGGACAUUGUGAAGGAAGGCUACCAUGAAGCCGAAGCAGGGAGGUUGGAAGUCCUCACCGAAGCGAUGGUGAGAGGCCUGGGGAAAACGGGUGGGAAAGGAGUGGUCGCGGGGGAGAAAAGUGGUGCCCCGAACGAGCACGUCGCUUCGACCGAGAACAGAGCCCUAGGAAUGCGAGGUGCCUCUACCCCGUCAGGCGGCGGUGCGGGGAAAGGAGCGGGAGAAGCAAGCGCUGGGUUGCUGUCGAAGACUAAAGCGGCAUCAGCUGCGCACGGCGGUGGUGCUGGCCUUGCUGUCGGGCUUGUGGGAAAUUGGGCGUCUUCCUCAACCCCUCCAGUUGCUCCUGUCGCCGCUGCUCCGUCCCUAGGCAACUCAUCGAAGCGCGCUGCACACGCGACAGAGAGCCUUGACGUGGUGGAGCUGGCCAGCGUCCCAGGUCAGGCGUCUGUCGAGAAGACCUCUAUUGUCGUUGCUGCUCGACAGGAAAAAGCAAAGAAGGCCAGGGUCAUGGGUCACACCCCACCUCCUCGACCGGACGACCAAGGCAAGACGAGAGGCUGCAAACAUCCCUUCAGAGGACCGGGUUUCCGGUUGCGGAAGGGGAAGCCGGUUUCCGAGCAGACCGUCGGUGGGAGGAAGCGGUUCCUUGGCACUUUUGAAACAGAGAAGGGCCAGAAGUUCUGCACGGCCGUCUGCUGGAGCGUGUACUUCCCCGACGUUGUCCUUACGGAGUACGAAGGGUACACGGCGCAGGAUGAGGAGGACUGGAAGGUCAACCUCGAUGCGGCCGCAGAAAUGCCAACCGGCGUUUGGAGCGUGGCGCAAGAACAAGGGGAAUGUCGUUUCGACGAGUAA